AUGGCUACUGCGGCGUCUUCGAGUUCAUUCCGCUUCCGUGACCUUCCUGGCGAGAUUCGUAAUAAGGUCUAUCGUAUCGUACUAUGCAGUUUCCGUCCGCCACCAACUACGAUAGAGCCCUCGUCUUUCUUCACUCCGGAACUUGCCAAACAUGAUAUCGAGACUAGUAUACUGCGUACAUCGAAGGAAACAUAUCUUGAAGCUUACGAUGUCAUGGUUAAGAGUAAUCGCUUCGUCAAGAUCACAUCGUCCCGAGGUCAUUCCCUGCGGGGUCCCUUGAAAGGGCGGGCAAUUCGGAUGAUCGCGAUUGACGAAGGAAUCGUCGACAAAUUUAAAGGAUACGUGCUUGGUGUGCACAUUGGUUUCAAAAGCCCGCGGAAAAUCUCUAUCACCCAUGAUCCCGGACAUGACCCUCAUAGUCUAUUUGAACCCGUCAGCGCUAUGAUCCUUCACAGUGACAUGGAGAGUUUCUGCGACGCAUUGAACGAUGUACAAUUACACGAUUCGGGUUUUGUUAGUAAAGUCAGGAUUUCCAUUACUAUGGCUCCAGUUCUAGACUUGGUUCAAGGCAAGGAUACAUCGCCGACGUUCGCCAGUUUCUUCACCAAACAGACGCAAGAAACGCUGUUGAAGCCUCUCAUGGCCAAACUGUAUGGAUAUAAAUCAGUCGAGAUUAACGGCCACGUGGACGAUACCUUGGUAAUUGCUGUUCGUCAAAGCCUCGCUGAAGACCGAUAUUCCAACCCUGCAACUGUUCUAGCAGAUUUUGCUGCAGAGAAAGACCGGUAUACACGAAUAUUUAAAGACAACAACAUACAAGAGGCCUGCAUGGGUUGGCAAGACACUGUAUACGAGCUGGAGAAGUUGCAUCAGUCUGACUCUUGGCCAAAUCUGGUUCGACGUGGAGGUCAUGAGUUUGUGUCACAAAUAGUCCCACUAUAUUUUCUCAUGCAGCUCAACAUUGCCCACAUCCAGAUUGGCAACAUGCAGACCUUCGCAUUUGGUUCCGAAAUGUUGGCUGAAGGUGAACUCAUAUCCGCCCUUCGGUCGACGAAAGAAGGCUUCUGGCAAUCCGGCUACAAAUUCAGGCCAUCUGCUCAGCAUCUCGCGAAAUUGCGAUACCGGUACGCGCUUUUCAUGAGGUUAGAAGGAAAUCCUUAG